GUACAAGGUGACAUGUGUACACGGAUCUCAAGUCUAACAGCUGGAGAGCAAAAACAAGGAGCGAAGUAGUGGAAAACGCCACCGUUCUUUAUCGAAAAAGCUCGCAUUAUCGAGUUCCACACGUAGAGAGAGUACAGUGGAGCGUCCAAGAGGAAAGAGCAAAGUUUGAGAUUAAAGUCAUAAAGAUGGAUGAAAAAUUAUAUUAAAUGGUGAAUCUUUUUGUGCGAAAAACCCAAGAUAGAGAAGGUGAUCGAAAUGGGAUUAAGAGUGGUGGCUGCGGACGAGGAGUUGAGAUCCAGCGGGGGUCGAACCGCCUUUCAAUGGGAAGGAACCAUCUCUGCCAUAUUUUUGUUGAUCCUUAAUCGAACAGGUCGGAGAUCAGCCUUGCAGACUACCCUUCUAGUGUUGUAUCUGUUUACAAGUUUUCCAACCGUCCUGUUCAAUGUUUUAAGAGGACAAUUUGGUUAUUGGAUAGCCUUUCUUGCUGUUGCAGCAAACUUAUUCUUCCCUGAAACCUUUCAAGUUUCUCGCUUCAUUCUAUUUGUCAUCACACCUGACUGGCUGGCUAAUGGACUACGGGAUACUAUUGCUAGUGGUAUCUUUUGUCUUUUAAUGGCUGUUUCACUUCUCUUGGCAGAGCUUCGAGAAAUUGGAGGAUUGAGGGGUUGUGGAUUUAAUUGUCAUUGCUUUUCCUACUGUCUCGGUAUAGCUUUCUUGUUCUUCUUUACAAUAUUGUAUCUAAGUUAGCAGAAAAAUGAUUAAUUUCCAGGGGUUGAUGUUGUGGACCCCUUUGAAGGGACCACAUAUAAGAGAAAGUCCAAAGCUAGAUCAACAGAAGAGGGAAAUUAGGCAAUGAUAGAGGCAGUUGCAGCUUUUAUUGGGAUUGCUUUUAUUUUCUGAUAUAGUUUUAUGUAUUCCUAAUUAGCAAAGACUCCUAUCAGCAUUAUAAUUUCUUUAAGCUGUAACAAGCUCUCUAUGUGUCAUUGAGCAUUUAUAUUAAUAAAACAAGCAGAGUAUUUAUCAUCAA